GAAAUUCGGUUUUCACUGACGGUAUUAGCUCCCACCUUCCUCGUUGGCUUCCCUGUAAGCUAGUCUACUUUGGUCACCACCACAUUUCCUACUGCUUCCCUACUGUACUUGCUGUCCUUCGUAAGCGCCCAGACCCUCCGUCCUCACGUGAUCUUCCUUACUCAAAAUGGAGAAAAUACCUUUGGCUACAGCGUCCACCUCCAAUUCAAUCAAUCUCGGCACCAUUAGCAGGGAUGGGGGCGAAGUCAGUGUGAUUCGGCCAAAGAAACAGCGGAGAUACCAUUUGUUGACUAAGGAAAGACUGAGAGUGCCAAGGAACAGUUUCACCAAAAAGUAUGAGUACACAAAACAUAUGCCUCUGAUCAACAUCAGUUCGGAUGACGAGGAUAAUGAGGAACUAGAUAGUCACCUUGUGGGUAAAGUUUCCAAUCGAAGUCUGAGUGAACUGCUGAGUCGUGACAACAACUCACGAACCUUGUUUUCCGAGGCUGACGAGGACGAUAUGUGGGAUUUAACGCUGUCAUUGCCGCACGAAUCUCCAACCCGUCGGUGUGGGUGUUUCCGUCUCCCACCUAACUGCACCAUCUCUUGAUCAUCUCUCAUCCUGUUCUAUAAAUGAGUUUGCAUUUGUCGGUGCAUUUCAGGAUUUAAUGCCUUUAUGCCGAUUCUAGGUGAUGCCUCCCCUCUUCCACAGGAACUUCCGCCAGAUCAAACAUCCUGAGUCUUCCCCUAUCGAAGCUUGACUUUUUUUUAAUUGUCCACUUUUAUUUUGCCAUAUUUUUAGAAUGCCUUCUUUGCCAUGACUGUUCUCCUGGAUUUCCUCAACAAUCUGAUUUUAAUUUUUCUACGCCCUAUCUUUUAUACCGUGUACAGACAACUUGAUCUUCACGAGCUUCAUGUGAUCUCCCGG